AGGUAGAUCAGAUAUCAAAGGUCAAUAUUCAGGAUCAUUGAGAAAAAGCAAUUGAUCGUGUAUAUCAACAGUAGAAAGAUAAAGAAGAAAGAGACGACGACGAAAAUACGGUGAACAUGGGAAAACAUUCUCUUGUCUUCUUUAUAAAUGGAAGAAAGGUGGAAGAGGAGUCUCCUAGUCCAGAGACAACAUUACUUCAGUAUCUCAGAAGAGUUGUAUUUUUACCUGGAACAAAAGGAGCAUGUGAACAAGGAGGAUGUGGAUCAUGUACAGUGAUGAUAUCUCAGAAGAUAGACAACAAAUUAGUCCAUUUUUGUGUCAAUGCUUGCUUGGUACCAAUAUGUUAUUUACAUGGUAUGGCUGUGACAACGGUAGAAGGUGUGGGAGGUACAGAAAAGGGACUACAUCCUGUUCAGAGAAGUUUGGUGGAUUCCCAUGGACUUCAGUGUGGAUUCUGUACUCCAGGAAUGGUAAUGACAAUGUAUACAUUAUUCCACAAUGUACCACAGCCUACAGCUGAUCAGAUGGAGAGAGCUCUUGAAGGUAAUCUAUGUAGAUGUACAGGAUACAGACCAAUAAUUGAUGCUUUUAAACAGGCUUCAAAGGCAUGUCCCUGUGGCUUAGGAUUGUGUCAGCAGUCUGAUUCAACAGAUUCAAGCAUUGAAACAAGAACAGUUACAGAACAGAAUAGAGAUCCAUCACAGAGCUUUAUAUUCCCUCCAGAAUUACAGGUAAAAGAAGAAUACAGAAAAUCUUCAGUUGUAUUCACCAAGGGGGACUACUCUUGGUACAGACCUGGUUCCCUGUCUGACUUGUUACAGAUUAAGCAACAGAAUCCUGAUGCCUGUCUUCUGAUGGGUUGCACUUCAGUUGGGUUUUUGCUGAGAACAGGACAGAUGAAAUCAAAAACAAUCAUUUGUGGCUCCAAUGUUCCUGAACUUUGUACAGUAGUGGUGACAGAUACAGAGUUUGUCAUAGGCUCUGCUGUUACCAUGAGAAGUCUAGAGCAGGCUCUUAAUGAUAAAGCCAAGGGAGUGAAUGAGAACCAGUUAAGAACUUUUGAUGCUUUACAAGAUGGUUUAAGAUGGAUUGGUGCUGAUCAGAUCAGAAAUAUGGCUACAAUUGGAGGACAUAUCAUGAGCCAGGCUCCUAACCAUGAUUUACAGACAUUACUCAUGGCCAUGGGUGCACAACUUAACUUUUUGUAUCUUGAUAAAAAUAAGACACAGAAAAGUGUAAGCUGUAGACUUGAUGAUGCAUUCCUUAAGAAUGGACCUGGAAGAUUUGGAACAGCUGAAAUAAUGACAUCCAUCAGUAUUCCUUUGACAUCUAAGGAGGACUAUGUGAGUUUCUUUAAACAGCCAGGAAGGAGAGGUUUUGACUAUGCAGUGUUGAAUGCUGGGAUAUGCAUCCAGUUUAAACCAGACAGCCAUGUGGUUAAACAGGCCAGAAUGUGUUUUGGAAAUAUCGAUAAAAAGCCUGUGUUUGUCAAGUCAGCUGAAUCAGAAUUAGAAGGAAAGAAAUGGGAAGAUAUAGACUUCAGUUCGGUGACUGACAAGUUAAUCACAGAGUUAUCUAACAUAGAGAAAGUAGAAGAUUUAAAGUUCAAAACAACAUUAGCUGCUAGUUUUCUGUAUAAAUUUUCUCUACAGAUGAACAAAAGUUUGAAGAUCCAAGACAAAGAUUUAAGGGAAAGCAGUGCUGCAGACAAACUUAAAAUAGACCCAUCUACUGGUAUCCAAAUUUAUGACGUUCCUGAUGAUGAUGGUAAACAUGUUGUAUGGAAACCAGUCCCUAAUGUUGGAUCAGAGUACAUUGUAGCUGGAGAAGCUGUAUUUAUUGAUGAUAUGCCAAAGUUUAGCAAUGAACUAUAUGCUGCAGUUGUUACCAGUACAAGAUCACAUGCUAAAAUAUUGAAAGUGGAUGCAUCAGAAGCCUUGGCUGUACCAGGAGUGGUAGACUAUAUCUGUCAUAAAGAUAUUCCAGGGUGUAAUAAAUUUGGCCUUAUGAUACAUGAUACGCCACUCUUUGCUGAAGAAGAAGUGUUACAUUAUGGUCAGUUAAUUGGAGCAAUAUUGGCAGACACUAGGGAGAUAGCUAGCAAGGCAGCCAAACUUGUCAAGGUGGAUUAUGAAGAUUUGGAGGCUAUUUAUACCAUUGAUGAAGCCAUUGAGAAGAAAUCUUUUUAUGAUCUUGGUUUAUCUAUUGAUGAAGGAGAUAUGGACAAGGCUAUAACUGAAGCAGCAGAGGUCGUGUGUGGAGAAGUAGAGAGCCAUGCUCAGGAACAUUUCUACCUAGAACCACAAACAGCUCUGGUUGUACCUAAGAUCGAACAGAGGGAGAUGGAUGUUUACUCUGCUACACAAGCUAUCAAUGAAAUACAGACUGAGAUAUCAAGCAUGCUGUUGAUUCCUAGAAACAGAAUAAAUGUCAGAGUCAGGAGAAUUGGAGGAGCUUUUGGAGGGAAAGCUUUUGAAGCCUUACUGCCAUCAGGGGUAGCAGCUGUGGCUGCAUUGAAAACAAAACGACCAGUAAGAAUAGUGUUUGAUAGAGCUCUUGAUAUGAGAACAACAGGAAAAAGACACCCUAUAAAGACAUGGUUUAAGGCUGCAGUUACAAAAGAGGGCAAGCUACUUGGAUUAGAACUGAAAGUUUAUUUAAAUGCAGGGUGGAAUCUUGGCCUGAGCUUUUUUGUUUUGAUGUGUGCCUUACCAUACAAUUCCCCUUACAAAAUACCUGUUGCCAGGAUGAAUGGUAUUCUGUGUCGAACAAACUCCCCAUCAAAUACUGCUUUUAGAGGUUUUGGACAUCCACAGAAGUUAUUUUAUAUGGAGACUAUAAUGAGAGCCAUCAGCCACAAGCUUGGACUGUCAGUGGAUAAGGUGAAGGAGAUAAACUUUGUAAAUGAAGGUGAUACUAUUUUAGCCAAUAUGAAGUUAGAAGGGAUAUUUUUACAUCAAUGCUGGAAUCGGUGUAAAGAACAAGCAGAUUAUGACACCAGGGUGAAAGAAAUAGAAAAAUUUAACAGGGAGAACAGAUGGAAAAAGCGUGGUAUUGCUAUGACGCCCACUGUUUUCAAUUUAGGUUAUCCUGCUAAUAUUAUGUUACAGGGCUAUGCCUUGUUGCAUGCAUAUCUUGAUGGAACAGUUUUACUUACCCAUGGAGGGAUAGAGAUGGGACAAGGUGUCAAUACCAAGGUCCAACAGAUUGCUGCCACUGUCCUGGAGAUACCCAUCACAGAUAUACUGAUUGGGGAAACAUCCUCCUCUACUGUGGCUAAUACUUUUGAAUCUGGUGGCAGUUUUGUGGCAGAUAUAAAUGGUGGGGCUACAAAGGUAGCAUGUGAAACUCUAAUGGAACGAUUGAAACCUUUUAGAGAAGCCAUUCCUGGUGGUACUUUUAAAGACUGGGUUGGAGCAGCCUUAGCAAGUAGAGUCAGUUUGUCAGUUAUGGGCCAUUACAAGGUACCAGGAAUGACGACAAACUUUGACCCUGUGAAGAGAACUGGGGACUUCACAUGGUACUUUACACAUAAUGCUGCUUGUUCAGAAGUGGAGAUAGAUUGUCUUACUGGAGAACAUCAGCUAAUUAAGACAGAUAUAGUCAUGGAUCUUGGUCAGAGUUUGAACCCAGCUGUAGAUAUUGGACAGAUAGAGGGAGGAUUUAUUCAGGGAUAUGGAUUAAUGACAUCUGAAGCAGUUUACCUGAAACCAAAUGGUCAGGUCAAGAAUUCAGGACCUCUGGACUACAAAAUCCCUGGAGUGAGGAACAUACCUAGAAAACUUAAUGUUACAUUGUUGAAAGACAAUAGAUUUAAAAAGUCGCUUUAUUCUGCAAAGGGGUGUGGUGAACCACCAUUACUGUUAGGUGUUUCUGUUCAUGAAGCAUUAGAGGAAGCAGUAAUGGCUGCCAGAAAGGAUUCUGGGAAAGAUGAAUACUUCCAGCUACCAUGCCCAGCUACUGUUGAUAAGAUUAGAAUGGCAUGUGGUGAUGCUAUAAGUCAACAGUGUGACAAGCAGUUAAAAACUUCUGAGGAGAAGAUCCUAUAUUAAUGUUAGAGGACUAGUUAAAAAGCUGCAGUAGUAAUUUUAUUUAUAUCUUGAUUAGUAUAAUUCACAUCAGGUAAUUAAUAUUGAUCCAGGGAUAAUUGCUGUAUUUUUAUUUGAUAGAACUUAUUAUUGAUUAAAAGAUAGAUGCUACAGAUGUAUACUUAAGUCUGGUGUGCUUAUGUUAGUUUUCUUUAGUUAGAAAUUUAAUCAGAACAAUCAUUUUUGCUAAUAUAAAACAGUACUGUUGUUUUAACAUAGUAUUUUUUCAUAUUAGGAUGGAUAACUUUCUUUUGUACAUCCACCCAUUUCUUUGAAGAGAGAGAAUAUUUUUCUCCAUUUUAUGUAAUAUUUUCUUGUGUGAUAUGAAAUAACUUGUGAAUGAAUUCUUACCAUAUGGUUGAGAUAUAUACUGUGAAAGUACUUUUAUUCGUGGGGUACCAAUUUUCGUGGUUUUCGUGGGUGACUUGAUCCAUGAAUUUAAGUGUCCAACGAAAUAAAACAACCAUUGUCCAAAUCAAGACAUGGAAAGAUCCUGAUCCGUAUGUUUUACUACUGAUAUGAUCUAGAUAAUAUAUUGAAUGACGCCAAAUCUGAGAAUACUUUAAAAGCAGUCACAGAACUACAACUACAUACGGGAUUAUACCCAUUUAAUCUUUAAUUACCUAAACUGUACAACUUUUUAUCUUUUAAUUAUCAUAAAAACAUUUUUGAUCGAUGAAAGUCAGAUUUCCGGUUUUGUUAUGCUAGUAUGAUAAAGUGUUCAUUUUAUAUCAUCAUAGUUCUCGUACAUAUAUGGGAAAUAAUAAUGUCAUGCUUAGGCUUGAUUUUGAUAAGAAUUAUUUGACAUUUCAAGAUACGUUUAUAACAUUUGUUAUGUUACUGUUCUCUUUAGGUGACAUGUUUAUGGCCUAAUUAACACCUUUGAUGGUCUUUAAUCUGUUGAUCACUUUAUGAUGAGCUAAUUACUGUUAUCACUACGAUUUACAGGAGUCAGUGUUUACUUUGCAAUUUCCUUCAAUCCAGACAUUUUGUAACCUUCGUUUCUAAUGGCUUUAAAUUUAAAUUUUUUUUUUUUUUUAGAAAUUUGAAAUCCACGAAUUUAAAAACCCACGAACAUGUAAAUAUUGCUCAAACCACGAAAAUUGAUACCCACGAAUUAAAGUACUUUCACAGUACCAUUAUUAUUAGCCAAUUUUAAAUAUUUUUGUAAUUUAGUCAAUAUGUUGAUGUCAACAGUUUUGUAAUUCAAUUAUAUGGACAGAAUCUCCUUGGUUUUCUGUUGUUUGACUGAUAUGCAAUGAAAUAUAGCUCACAAUAUAGAUCACAACAAAACAGGUCUUAAAGAGAGACAAUCAGAUUGAUUCCCAAUGAAUGUUUAGUGAUGAAAUAGUUAUAUCAAUGGUGUAUUAGAAGUUAUUCUUGAUAUUCCUCUCACAGUAAAAACAUAAGAAUAGAACUGUUGCAUGGGAAUACACAAAAGGAAACAUUAAUUAACAUUAUAAUAUUUUAUAUAUUAUUAUGAUUUAAGCUAUAUGUUUUAGCAUGUAACAGUGUGUACAAAAAAAUGAUUUUGUUAUUAAUCUUUUAUAAAUGUAUGUUUUAAUAUAUAGUCAUGACUUUAAACAUACUUUCCAUUUUAUGAUAAUUCCUAGUCACAACAAUAUAUGGCUACUCAAAGCCAUUGGCAUUGAAUAUAAACCAACUACCAGUAAGAAAGAAUGAAAAACUAAGAUUUGUCCAUCACCUAAUUAUUAAACUUUCUAAAAUAUUAUUACUCCCCUUUUGCAGGCAAAGCAAUAACUGCAAAUGCGAGCGUAAUUUUUGUUUUUGUUUGUUAAAGUAAUCACAUUUUUGUAAGUGAUUGUUUCAAUGUCAUUUAAUCUGAAUAGUUUUAUAUCAUUCUCCGUACAAUAUCUUUUGACUGUCGUGAGAUCUCAUAGUGUAAAGUAUUUAGAGGGCAUUUCUGUUGUAUUUUGUUUAUUUUUAUGCCCCACCUACGAUAGUAGAGGGGCAUUAUGUUUUCUGGUCUGUGCGUCCGUUCGUCCAUCCGUCCGUUCGUCUGUCUGUCCCGCUUCAGGUUAAAGUUUUUGGUCAAGGUAGUUUUUGAUGAAGUUGAAGUCCAAUCAACUUCAAACAUAGUACACAUGUUCCCUAUGAUAUGAUCUUUCUAAUUUUAAUGCCAAAUUAGAUUUUUUAUCCCAAUGUCACGGUCCACUAACAUAGAAAAUGAAAGUGCGAGUGGGGCAUUCAUGUACUGAGGACACAUUCUUGUUUGUUAAAGUGUUGUUUUUGUGACAAUCUUAUAUCUAUUAAGUUUUUAAUGAUGACUUAAAAGGUGUCUUGAAUGAAUCGCAAAUUAAGGGAUAACAAUUUAACACAGAAUUCUAAUGGUUGUAUAAUUGACACGUAUGAUUUAAAAAGUUAUGGACAGGUAUGAAUAGCAAAUUAUAAUGUAUUAUUCAGAAAUUAAGUUAGAAAUAUACUGCACAUAGGGAUCUUGACCCCUGACUUGUCAAUGAAACUUUUACAAAAUAUAUUUCACAAAAUGUGUGUUUACUUUUAUCUUAUUGUAGUCAUUGCUGGUGCUUAUUUUAAUUAUUACAGUUUUUAAUUUGUUUUUGAUUGGAUAUUUGUUUGUUUAUCCACAAUUUUGCAAAUUUUACACAAUUAUAUAUUUGAUUGAUUCAAUUGCAUUGUUUUGAUAAAGUCUAUUUAAAGGAAA